AUCCUGCCUCCCAGCUCCAGCUCCAGCUCCAACUCCAGCGCUGGGCUGUGGUGGACACUGAACAGCCAUGCAGGACCCAGCACCUUUGGCCCCCCUGUGACCUCGGAUACAGGACCUGGGACCUUUCAUAGGACACCUGAACAUGGCCUUUUUCAGCUGUUUGUGCUCAUUGUUUGGAAGAGCAAAAGUGAUGUCCUCAUCAUGGGGCUACAAGAGAGCAGAACUGGAGGCUAAAGAAGCUUGUAAUUGGCUGCGGGCUGCUGGAUUUCCGCAAUAUGCCCAGCUCUACGAAGCAGGACAGUUUCCUUUAGACAUCUCCUCUGUGAAAAAAGACCAUGGGUUUCUGGACCAGGAUUCACUGAAGUCACUAUGCAGGAGGCUGUCAACCUUGAACAAGUGUGCCUCCAUGAGACUAGAGGUCCAUUUUCAGUGCAAACAGAGUGAAGACUCUGAGGAGGAUGACCUGUGUGCCAUCAGUGACCGCUGGGCCUUCCAGCGAGAGAGUAAGACAUGGUCCCGACUGCGUACCCUCUCCCCACACAUCUCCCCUAGCAUGGAGGUCCACUCCUCCACGACCCUGCACCCAUUGAGGGCCUCUGCCAGUAGUGAGAGCAUCCUGAGUGACUUCAGCAACCUGGAGGUCACCUCCACCCACAGCAGUAGCAGCCUGAGUGUGAAGAGUGACAGAGGUACCACGUCCAGCAACCCCUACAGUCAGGUCACCAGCACGGCAGAGCCCUACACCCUUACCUCCCACCAUGACUCCCAUGGUUCCCACUCUCCCAAUGGAUCCGCCUGUGAGGACCAGCCUGUGUCUCCCAAAGACCUACUUACUGUUCCUGUCAGCAGAGAGAAGACCAAGAGGUGUUCCAAUACCUUCCUGAAGAGAAUGGAGUCGUUCAAGAGAAAGGAUAAAGAGAGGGAAGUGACAGAUGGCCAAGUUGUGACCUCUCCGCUGCAGUUCCCUCUAACCCCUGGCAGUUUGCAUUGCACUUCCAAUGAAAGUCUACCUGGUUUAAAAAACAACACUACAGAAAAGAGCAGUGUAAAUUACAGCAGAAAAGCCCAUACUAUCUGUCGUACAGGCCGUAGGUCCCCAGUUGUGGACAGAGCUAAUGCGAAGAGCAGUUGGCUCUAUCUAGAGGACUAUGACAUGGCAGGGUGGAAGGGGGCUAAACAGGUUAUUCAGAAGAGUGGCUAUAAAAAUGGACUGGAUUGUCUGGUUCAUCUGCCAAUGGACCACAAGCCAGGCACGUUCCCCAAGUCCCUAUCCAUCGAGAGCCUGUGCACUACUUCCACCUCUCAUGAGCUGCGUGAAUGGCAGAUGGAGGACGUAAACCUCUCCCUGGGCAGCAGUCACGAGUCCCAGGAAUUCAACAUGUUUCCUAUAAGAAGAAACUCGUGUUCCUCAGUGGGGAGCAUCUAUGACAAUGUAAAUGAGGCUAGUGGCAGUUCAGACGAGUUGAGAGAAAAGGUCUUUGAGCACCUGGAUGAUAUCCUUCAACAUGUCCAUGGCCUUCAGGAGAAUAUAGACCAGUGGUCCAAGAAGGUGUGUCAGGAGCUCAGUGACAAGCAUGAGGAAGAGGAGGACACUGACGAGACCAGAGAAACAACAUUCUCCUCCAGCCUCCAUUUUGAGGAGCAGUCUAUGUCAGAUGUAGGCACGAUGGCCAGUGACUACGACAGCACAGGAAACUCUUUGAAUGAGGUGGAGGAUGUUGAGACAAGAGAACGAAGGGACUCAGGAGUGGGUGCUUCCUUAACCAGGCCAAGCAGGAAGCUACGGUGGCAUAGUUUCCAGAACUCCCACAGGCCGAGCCUGACUUCAGCCUCCCAGGAAAUGAACCGCCAGUCAGCCGCUCAGCUCAACCUGCUGCAGAAGUUCUCUCUGCUCCGGCUCACUGCUAUCAUGGAGAAAUACUGCGAACCCAACAAACAUGGCUGGAGCUGGUCUAUUCCUAAGUUUAUGAAGAGGAGUAAGGUCCCUGACUACAGGGACAAACAGGUUUUUGGUGUUCCACCAAUCAUCAAUGUCCAAAGGAGUGGACAACCCCUACCCCAGAGCAUCCAGCAGGCCAUGCGCUACCUCCGCAUUAAUCCACCGAAGGGGGGCAGGGGGAAAACCGGACCACAAGGACCUGAGUGAGAACAUGGCUGCCACUCAAGGACUCAGCCACAUGAUUGUGGAGUGCAAGAAAUUAUUCCAGAUCCCUCAUGAGAUGAUGCUGCAGUCGCGGAACUCCUAUGUCGCAGCAGAUGCCCAACCACUCCCUCUACACGGCUUGGGCCUGAACAUGAAGGGCGAGCCUGUGGAUUACAGAGCCUACCUGGAGGAUAAUAUCCAGGCUCUACUGCGGGAGUCCACAGAGAAGAGCAAAGGAUGGCACAGCGCCCUGGGCCCAGAAAACACAGAGCUGACAUACAAGAAGGUAGGGGACGGUCAUCCCAUCCGUCUUUGGAAAGUGACCACCGAGAUCGAGGCCCCGCCCCAGACAGUGUUGCACAGAGUUCUGCGUGAGCGCCACCUGUGGGAUGACGACCUGCUCCACAGCCAUGUAAUCGAGGCUCUAGAGAACAACACAGAGGUGUAUCACUAUGUGACAGACAGCAUGGCACCUCAUCCCCGCAGGGACUUCGUAGUGCUGAGGCGGUGGUGUAGUGACCUUCCUCAGGGCCUGUGUCUGCUAGUGUCCUCCUCUGUGGACCAUGACAAUGUGCACCUGGAGGCAGGGCUACGGGCAGUGCUGCUCACCUCACGGGUCCUGAUUGAGCCCUCAGGGAUGGGCCGGUCCAGGCUGACGCAUUACUGCAGAGCAGACCUCAGGGGACGAUCACCUGAGUGGUACAACAAAGUGUUUGGCCAUCUCUGUGCGGUGGAGGUUGCUAGGAUACGGGGCUCCUUCCCUGUGCUGACAGUGAAAGGAACCGAGACAAAGCUUUGAACUUUGAGAAGGACCGCCGGCCCACUUGAGACACGUGCUGCCUACAGCACACAAUGACUCAAAUGAAAGGUGCCUAUCUGUAGCAUUAUAUUACAUCUGCCUGAUAAACUCUCCAGUGUCAUCAACAGGGGACUGUCAGGAUGUGGACUCUCACUCAGAUUGCACUGAUGCCCCAUGAGGAGCCACUGAUGUCAGCAAUAUUUACAAAUCUAAACCAGCCUAUGCAUUAACUGACCCUAAAACAUUAAAACGUACCUUGAAAAAAAUUAAAUAGACAGUUUCUUUAUGCAAAAGCCAUUAUUUUGAAAGCUUUAUGAGUCCCACCGCGACAUCCAUGCGAUUUGGACUUUUUAUCCCUUUAACAUCAUGUGUUUGAGCUACAGAUUUCUGGGUUGUAUUAUUUGAUUCAUCUAUUUCUUCUGCGUCUGUGUGAUUAACGGGGCUGAGCUAGAGCGGAGUCUGUGAGACUGGUGGAUCCCGAAAGGGCCCGGGGCCGGAUCUUUUUACAAAGUAAGAGAAAGUCCGAAUGGUUUGAGCUACACUAUUAAAAGCUAUCUAUGAAAAGCUGCGAUUCUCACAAAUACACACAUGUAACAUGUUUUGCUUUAUGACACACAAGCUACACAACAGGUGUUAGAAGGUAAGGGGUUCUUCUACAUAGAAGAUCAUAGGAAAUCCCAGGACAUAGCGUCUAUAAUGCUGUAAUAAGCACACAUAGUUGCUGUCACAAACUCCAAACUCCACAAAGUUGUCACUGACUAGUUGGAUAUUAAUUUCCCACUGAGCAAACCAUUUCUGUGCUUACAGCAUUCAUAUCAAUUCAUUUUUAUCCGGUUUUUGCUUUGGCUUUAAUUUUUUUAUUGACUUUUGACAAUAAAACACAUGAAUGCAACUGUUUAUGUCACAUUGUUGCCCUGGUUGCCCUGAAAAGAAAAUGGUUAAACGCUUAAUUGUGAAGCAAAAUAUAAAGGCUGGACUAGCAGAUAAAUGAAAGCUGAUAUUUGCUGGUGUCUCGGGACUGAAAGGGUUAAUGCUGACUUAUCAAAACUUAUGGCGAUGAUGCCAAAAUGCCAUGGAAUGUUUUUAGCUGCAACUAGCUUUACACAAUAAUUCAGGAGAGCUCUAUAGAAACCAUUCAUGUUUGUACUGUAUGCUAUGCAAUUUCUUCAUGAUAAAUUCACAGAGCUAAUAUAUUUUACUAUUGUCAUUAGAUGUGUCUCAAACUUGAGAAUGGCACCUUACCUUGCUAUUUCAAUAGCUAGCCUCAGUGUUGAUAAUGCAAACAUACUUAGAUGUUAGAGAGAAAAGGGUUUGUUACUGAGGCUCCUUAGUGGGUGGUAGUGUGUCUUAAAACACUGCAUUUUCAGGCCUUGCUUCAGCCCUACAUUCUCAGUAACUGUUUAUUUUACUCAAGUGUUUAUCAUAAGAGGGGGCUUUACUCUGGACUUACUGUUAUGUCUCUUAUUUUUUCUCUUCUCUUUAAAAGACUAACUGGUUAACCUCCUCUCACUCUAAUUUAGCUAUUGCUUAGCUGCUGAUUUAUAGGGAUCAUUCUUCUUCCUCAGAUCUUCAGAAAUGUAGAAAUAGGAACAGAGCCACUUGUGAAAUAGGCAAACAUCUGUCCACCAAGCACCAAACUAUAAGAUAUAAGCAUGGAGCGCAAACAUUUGCAUAAUUCACGCUUUGAUGUCAAUUUAAGAUUUAUUCAUGAGUAAUUGCUUGUGUCAGGAUUUGCGAUCACAAUGAGAAGGGACAAGGAUCAUGACACGCUCAAAAGUGGACAGACAACCUGAGCUUUAGACAGCGUUUGUGUAGAUUGCUUCAUUACUGUGUGUGUCUGCAGUAUUAUUGUAUUUUAUUGUGUCUCAGUAAUCCGUGUUUUAUUUAUGUCUGUAUGAAUGAGUCUUUGUAUGAGUCACAGGAAUGUGACUACCUCUGUCUGUACAGAAUCGAACCAUUGACGUAUUUUUCUGUUGGGCAUUAUGUACAGGAAUGAUUUUUAAUUAGAUCUAAUCUUAAUCUGAGUUAUGCAAUGGGUGGAAGUGCAAUGACUGAAUGCAAUUAACUUUUUUCAGUGUUUUCUUAUGCAUAUGCUUUACAUACAUACAUUAAUAGCCCGUACACUUAAAUGGGAUUACUCCCACUGAAUAACUAAUGCAAUGAACAUAAUUUAAACAAUUGUGGGGAAGAAAUAGCCAUAAACACAAGUAUUACAUAUCUGUGAACUACAGGGUAGUUUUGAGUGAAUACCUUUUGUAACAUAACUGGCCAUUGUAUUGUACUCAAUGAAGCAGUUGUAAAUAACUUGCAUUUUAGCCCACAACAAUGUGUUCAUCUUAUUUGUCUCAUCUAUUACUAUUUACUCUUCCUUUACUACCUAUUUGUAUUAUACUGCUCUGACUGUAAAAUAGAGUAGAAAAUCAAUAAACAAAUAUUGAAAAACGAA